AUGGAGAAGGUCCCUGGUCCAGGAGAGAUGACUGGGCCCAUGAACGGGUCUGAGGCGAGCUGGUCUUGCAAGGAAGAACUUCGGAGAGUCCCAGAGUACUGUGGCUUGCACCCUGCAGAGGGUCUUAGUCAAAGCCGAGGAUGGAAGAAGAGCGGAGCGCCUGAGCAGCACACCCGGCCUCCUCUCCUCUCCUCUCCUCUCCUUUCUUUUUCCGCACCUCGCUCUCGUGGCCUGCCCGCCCUGACGCCUGCUCGCCCCCCCAGAACAUCUUCCACCAGGGCCACCUCGGCGUGUUCCCAAUUGAACAAAGGCAUCAAGCAGGUGUACAUGUCCCUGCCUCAGAGUGAAAAAGUCCAAGCUACGUAUAUAUGGAUUGAUGGUAUGGGAGAAGGUCUGUGCUGUAAGACCCGGACCCUGGACCGUGAGCCCAAGUGUAUAGACGAAUUGCCGGAGUGGAAUUUUGAUGGCUCUAGUACUUUUCAGUCUGAAGGCUCCAACAGUGACAUGUAUCUCGUCCCUGCUGCCAUGUUUCGGGAUUCUUUCCGCAAGGACCCCAACAAGCUGGUGUUCUGUAAAGUCUUCAAGUACAACCGAAAGCCUGCAGAGACCAACUUAAGGCAUACCUGUAAACGCAUACUGGAUAUGGUGAGCAAUCAGCACCCCUGGUUUGGAAUGGAGCAGGAAUAUACUCUCAUGGGCACAAAUGGGCACCCUUUUGGUUGGCCUUCCAACGGCUUCCCUGGGCCUCAAGGUCCAUACUACUGUGGCGUGGGAACGGACAAAGCCUACGGCAGGGAUAUCGUGGAGGCUCACUACCGGGCCUGCUUGUAUGCCGGCAUCAAGGUCGCGGGGACGAACGCCGAGGUCAUGCCUGCCCAGUGGGAAUUCCAGGUAGGACCCUGUGAAGGAAUCGACAUGGGAGAUCAUCUCUGGGCGGCCCGUUUCAUGCAUCGAGUGUGUGAAGACUUUGGAGUGAUAGCGACCUUUGAUCCUAAGCCCAUUCCUGGGAACUGGAAUGGUGCCGGCUGCCACACCAACUUCAGCACCAAGGCCAUGCGAGAGGAGAACGGUCUGAAUUACAUUGAGGAGUCCACCGAGAGACUGAGCAAGAGGCACCAGUACCACAUCCGAGCCUACGAUCCCAAGGGGGGCCUGGACAAUGCCCGCCGCCUGACUGGAUUCCACGAGACCUCCAACAUCAACGACUUUUCUGCCGGCGUGGCCAACCGGAGCGCCAGCAUCCGCAUUCCCCGGACUGUCGGCCAGAAGAAGAAGGGUUACUUUGAAGACCGUCGCCCUUCUGCCAACUGUGACCCCUUUGCGGUGACAGAAGCCCUCAUCCGCACAUGUCUUCUCAACGAAACUGGCGACGAGCCCUUCCAGUACAAAAACUAAGUGGACUAGCCUGGCAGCCAUGGAACCCCUUCUAAUUCCUCAUCCCACUCCCACUCUCACCCACUCUCGAUUGUCAUAAUAGCUGUAACUCUAAGGG